AUGUGUGCUUGCGUGUAUGUGUGUAUGUGUGUGUUGAGCCAAUUCGUCCUGAAGCGCCCUGGUCACAUUCCCCGCGUUGGCGGCAGUUUGGCCAUGAGCCGAGCCCUAGGGGAUGUGCGGUACAAGGACCCCGCUCUACCCCCCGACCAACAAGCCGUAACCGCUGCACCGGACACCACCUCAGUGCCCCUCCUGGCCACCCCACCAACACCCGCUGGCACCGCCGCUACCGCCACUGCUAGCGGCACCUCUUCUGACCGGGAAGUCAGGUUGAUGACUUCAGCAGGAGCCGAGACUUCGGAGACGUCCCCCGCGGGGCCCUCCGAGGCCGCGGAGGGGGACGAUGGCCGUCCGCUGCCCCACCCACACCCACACCCGCACCCGCACCCGCACCCGCGGCUGCUGGUGGUCGCAUGCGACGGCCUGUGGGACGUCAUGCACCCCCAAAUGGUCAUGGACUUCCUAGAGCUCCAGUUGGGCUGUUUACAUGGACAGAAAUCUGGGGAGCCGGGGCCGCGCCAGGGGCAGGGCGUGGGCGUGACAGGGGGGGUCCCGGGCGGGGCGACGAAGGGCUCCCUCCGCUCAGCGGUAUCCGCGCUACUCCACGAGGCACUCCGUCACGACUCGUCCACCGCACCCACAACGGACAACGUGACAGUGGUGGUGGUGCAGCUGCCCGCUGCAGGUGGGGAAGUUGGGGCGUGA